AUGGAUUCCUCCCAGGAUGCCGUUGCAUCCACCCCGAAGUCACCGAGCACGAGUACACCUGAUGGGAGCUCUUUCUUCGAGCAGCUCGGCAUACCGAGGAUGGAUGAAUUUGCACCAAAAGAAAAAAUACCCACCCUAAUAUCUCCAUCUAUAGUAGAGCCUCCUGUUGACGAUGAGUUUCUCGCCCAUACCGAUCACCCUGUCACUGAGAAGUCGUUAGAGCAGUCGGAAGCACUCGACCAACAGCACACACCAGAACCUCCAAACUUACCUCGUCUUGAUUCCGAUAACCUUAUAACUACUUGUCAUGUUGAGGAUAUCACGGUUGGUUGUCUCAAGUGUCAAGCAAAGAGUGCAGAGAGACUAGCUGCAGGAGAGGUUACAAACUGGAAAACGAUACAUCAACAACAUUUGCACGAAGCGGACGGAUAUGAAAGCGAAGGUGGCCUAGAAAUGGCUGCUAGUCACCCCGGCCAGAGAGAUACCAUACCCGAAGAAACUUCCCGCGGACUAGAUGGUGCUGAGUCGAAGGAUCAAGAUGGUGAUGUACCUGAUACUAAGGACAUUGGGUUUACGCCGGAACCCUUCGAAAAGCUGGGGGUUUCAGAAGACCCGUUUGAAAAGCUGAAGCGGGAUUCCAUAGCGCAUACUGCCUCCUUUCCGAUAGUACCAGAGCCUCAAACAGCUGCUACUGAUACUCCGUCGAACCCGUUCGGGACGGAUAGUGCCGCAUAUGAUUCGUUCUUUGGCUCCGUCCAGAAUGAAGAUAAGCCAGUGCAAGCCUCGGAUUCAAACUUUUUUGGGGAUGAAGGGACUUCUGGGGAUGACUUCUUCUCCAACGUUGAUACAAACGGAGUUCCAGCUCCUCCAAUACUUGAAAGGGCAGCGACCCAAGACCUAGCAAUGGGCACUAAUGUUGAGGAUGAGGACAACAGAUUUACAGAGGGGAUGCCACUUUUCAGCGGCCAGCCUGUGAAUGAAGAAGAUUUCUUCUCGCGGUCCAAAACUCCAAUCGAUUCUAGCACUGAUGACGACGAGACGGCAUUUUUUGAUAACCCGAAUUCUUUAAAGCGAAAGAGCACAGCAUUUGUAUCUGGGUUGCCGGAAGGACCUGUUAUGACAGAACCAGCCCCCGUGGAAAAACCAAAAGAAGAUCUUGCAUCGAAGUGGAAAGCAGCGCUAGGCGACGAUGAUGACUUGUUCGGCGAUGAAGAAGAAGAAGAUACGGAAAAUGUGACGACGCAACAGCAAAGUGCACAGCCGGCUUGGUUUGACGAUAGCGAGGAUUUCUUGAUAGAUGAAGGAAGUAAGGUUUCUGCACCUAUCCAAGAACCGACUCAGUCAUCCCAACCGGCUGUCCAACCCGUAUCAUCUAGAUACUUGCCCUCGGCAGUUGCGCAGCAGCAGCAUAUAUCCGGAUUUACGGCGGCGACUAGUAAUUUCCAGGCUUCGAGGCCAAGUCAUGCGCCCUCUCCAUACGCUGCCGCGUUUCCGGCGCCUCAAAGGCAAACAGAGACUCCGAAAGUUGAAUCAUUCGUGGACAAAACUAGCAGUUAUGCCUCACCUUAUGAUCUCCCGGACGAUAUUGUGAAGCCUAUCAGGAAAAAGCCAGCACCUGUGCAGCAACCCCCAGCCUAUGGAGCAAGCCAAUACUACGGACCACCAGGCUCGGCCAGUUCUGGUCACUCCGGGCAAUCGAUAUUCAGCCCCGGUCCGCCAGGGGGCCUAGGGUCUCCAGCUGAUAUCAGAGGAAGGCCCGGCUAUGGUGGGCAGGCGGCUCCACCCCUUGCGCCUCAUGGAAGGCUAGGGGCCCCGACUACCCCUAAUUCUAUACCCCAUAAAGCCGCAAAACCUCAAAGUAGCGACUUUUUCGAAGAGUUGCCCAUCAGUUUGCCUAAGCGGCCCGCAAGCGGAGCAUCGAUGAGCAAGUAUACACCUGGGGCACGCACUCCAACCACCAGCGCGCCGAUGGGGCCUCCUCCCACCUCCGCUCCAGGGAUGGGCCGUGGUCCUAGUUACACUGGUCCUCCAUCACGACCCACGUCCGUAGAACCUGCUUAUGGGUCGCCGCCUGUUGGUUCGCUCGGAAGGCAACAGUAUGGUUCGUCGCCGGCUUUAGCGCAUUCCCCAUUGGCCCAUGCUGCAUCAGCUUACACUAUCCCACACGGGCCAACGACUCCCAAUUAUGCACCAAAACCAUCACCCACCGCUGGAUUAUAUGCAUCCCCACCUAGUGCGACUCGUGGAACAUCUCCAUACGCCCAGCAUCCGAAUGCGCCACCUUCAGCGCCAGCAAGGACGUCUAGCGUGUCGAGUGAUGGACGAUAUGCUCCGGCUCAUGGACAGGAUAACAUCGGACUGGGCCUCUCUACCCCAGAAGGCUUAGCAAAUGGACACAUACCAUCUGCAAGACCUCCUUCAAGAGACAGGCCCGGAACGAUGGAUAGUAUGAAAGCUCACGCUCUUGGUGGAGUGGCAGAGGAAGACGAAGAAGGAAAUGCUCCAGCACGCUCAUCGUUCGAUAACGGUCCUCCUCCACCAGUAUCUAGCCUCAACCGAUAUAAUCCUAGUAAUCGACAGACACCCCCUCCCCCAGCAACUAACCCCGCAUUGUCCCAUCUCACAUCGCCGCCCCAGAGGUCCCAAUCUCCGGGAAAGUAUACACCAACAGGGUAUCAGACUCAUACCGCUACAUCAUCGCUCAGUUCAUCAAUACUCUCUCCUACAGACAUGCCAAAUGGUUUCGCCCCCCCAAAGCGUUCUGCCACUCAAUCACCAGGCUUCGCUGCUUUCCGAUCCCAGAAUAUGCACGGAAUCCAGCGCCCUAGUUCCGCUGCUGCGCAUGCCACUAACUAUACUAACACUUAUUCUCCAAUCGACGCCCGACGCCCUUCUUUCCCUGUUCAAUCGCAUCCGGCGGCACCCGCCCCCCCACCACAGAACUUUAUGGCGCCCCCACCUGGGAGCAUCGAAGCUAGUGAUCCAUUGGAAAGAUGGAAAGGUGCACCUCUGUUCUCCUGGGGCUUCGGUGGGAAUAUUGUUACCAUGUUCCCGGUUCAUACGAGCAGAUGGAAUGCGGAAACAGGCCAACAGAUGAUCAAGACUUCAUUGGGUGAGGUUAAAAACCGACCAGCAAAAGAAGUACUUAGCGGAGAUGAUUUUUACGAUGACCUUGCUAAAUUCCCUGGCCCAGUAUUCGGUGGUCGAACCGGGGGCAAGGGGAGGAAGAAGGAGAUUUCUUCGUGGAUGGAAACCAAGAUCUUGAAACUGGAAGGCGAGUACACAAGAUUUAGGGACCCAAGAAGCAUGGAAAAGGUUAUUCUAUGGAAAAUUGUGAAGCUAUGUUUAGAGAAUGAUGGAAUAUUAGUGGGAAAGAAAGAAGUCCAAGACGCAGUUCGGCAGAUCAUUAGUCCGGAAAGUGAAACGCUGGAGCCUCCUCGCCCAAAAAACGCGCUUCAGCAAUCAAGUGUCUUUGAUAGCAAUGCCUUGGAAGCUAUCCGCACGCAUCUCAUGAAGGGUGACAGAGAUGCCGCGGUUUGGUUUGCGAUCGAGAACAGGCAAUGGGCUCAUGCGAUCUUGAUUUCCUCGACCACAUCACCUGAACUAUAUAAGCGGACUGUUCAAGAAUUCGUGAAACAGGAAGUCAAGAGCAGUGAUGGGACUGAAAGACCUGGUAUGCAAAGUUUGGCUGUUUUAUACGAAGUCUUUGCGGGAAAUUGGGAGGAGUCGAUUGAUGAUCUUGUACCCGCCAGCACUAGAAUGGGGAUGACAAUGAUAAAUACAUCUGGAGGUCAGAAUACAAAUCCCUUGGAGGGCUUGGAGAAAUGGAGGGAAACUUUGGGUCUCAUGCUCGGCAACCGAAGUAACAACGAUAUUCAGGCUAUCGCCAAGUUGGGAUCGUUGCUUGAGAGUUACAACCGAAUCGAGGCCGCACACGUUUGCUAUCUAUUCUCAAUGCCAGCCGCUAUUUUCUCCGGAGCAGAGGAUUCAAGCAAGAGUAUUUUCUCCCUACUUGGCGCUAAUCACGUCAAUAAUCCUUUCCACUAUGGCCGAGACCUCGAUGCUAUCAUCUUGUCAGAGAUCUAUGAAUAUGCCCUUUCACUGAUGCCUGGCGCCCCUACACUAACAAACUUCCCCCACCUGCUACCGUUCAAACUACAUCACGCCCAAGUCCUUGCACAAUACGGGUUUAAAAAUGAGGCGCAAAAAUACACAGAGGCAAUUUCAGCUUCCUUCAAAAUUAGUGGCCGACCACAACCCUACCUUCACGGGGUACUACUAGAAGGCAUCAACGAGCUCGCUCAGCGUCUUAGUCAAGCGCCUCGAGACAGCAGUGGUGGGUCCCUCCUUAGCAAUUUACCAGGCCUUGGGGUCUCUAGGGGUGGCGUUCUGGCUGGCAUGCAAGGAAUGCUUGAUGCCCUCGUCAAUGGCGGGGACCAGCAAGAUUCCCCUGCUCCUGCUGGUAUCAAUGGCAACACUGGAGCGCCUGCGCAUGGAGCAAUAUCAGAAGGUCAGUUCGCGAGUCCACCAGCUACCUCGGGUUUAGAUAGAUCACACAGUGGACCAGACCUAUACGGUAUUGGAUCUGGUGGUUAUGCACCUUAUAACCCCGCUCAACCACCUCUGGGUACAUCACCAGCUGCAGCGACCAAAACAGGAUCUGCUGCCUCGAACAGGUAUGCGCCUAAAGCUUCGGGUGCUGGAUCGUAUACACCUCACGCCUCCACCUCCGCACCACAAACUACCGAACCUGCAACACCUGGAUAUGGGGGAUAUGGAGGAUAUGAAUCAAACGCUAGUUACGGAGGAUAUGGGUAUGGGCCAAGCCCACAGCCCACACCACAACAGACACCUCAACAACAUGCAGAAAAGCCAACCGAAGCGGCUAAUGGUUACGGCGGGUAUCAGCCAUCACCAGUGCCACAAUCAGUAGUUCCAACCUCGCCCCCUCCGUAUUCUAGCCACAAUUCUUUCACAUCUCAGGUUCCAUUAGCAUCGAGUGAUACCACAGCACCCACCAACACAGGCGGGUAUGAGGCACCAGGCUACGGAUAUGAACCCCCCACUACUGAAUUCCAACCAUAUGUACCAUCACCUGACAACUCAGACGACGAAGGCGAGGCGAAAAAAUCAAAGAAAAAAGGGGGGGUCAUGGCCCAUAGUGAUGAUGACUUUGGAGCCGCAGGGAACUCGACAACGGAUUCUGCUGCCGCCGCGAAGAAGAGGAAGGAGGAAGAGGAAGAAGAGAAUAAAAAGAUGGUUGCUGAAAUCGCUCAGAAAGAGAAGGAGGAGGAAGAGAAACGUAAGAAAGAAGCAAAAUCCGGUGGCUGGUUCGGAGGCUGGUUCGGCGGGAAGAAAGAUCCCAACAUCCCCGUAGUCCAUAAGGCAAAACUCGGAGACGAGAGUUCCUUUUACUUUGACCCCGAAACAAAGAGAUGGGUUAAUAAGAAGGGGGGAUCAACAACUGAUUCUGCUGGAGUCACUCCAAGCGGAACACCACCACCGCCAAAGAGACUCGGCUCCCCUGCAAUAAUCGGAGGACCCCCAAGCCGACCCCCAAGCGGACCACCCUCAGUUCUUGGCACUCCACGGCCUGGAACAAGUAGUAGUAUAGACAGCGGAGGCUUAGGCAGUAUUCCAAAGCCGCCACCCUCUGCACCACCUACAAGUGCCCCAACAAGCGCACCAUCUGGUGGACUUGCACCACCAAAUCCAAGUCCCCUCGCUAGUAGCAGGGACCCAAGUCCCAGUAGACCGCCUCCACGACCGGCUACUACCGGUAAAAUCGAUGACAUGGAAGAGCUUCUUAGCGGAGGCGGAGGCCCACGUAAGCCAGCGGCAAAAGCGAAAGGAAGAAAGAGAUAUGUCGAGGUUUUGUAG